AUGGAGCCACCACCCUGCUCUAAGAAGAGCUUGUCCCUGUCGCUGCCGGGGGCUCGGGAUGGCCAGGCCACGUUGAGGCCACCCCAGCACCUGUGGCGCCAGCCACGGACCCCGAUCCGGAUCCAGCAGCGAGGCUACUCUGACAACACAGACCGGGAGCGCGGAGCGCGAGGUGCACGCGGAGAGCCGGAGCGUGUGGACUCUGAGCGGGAGCGGGCCCCGCACCGGCCCAUAGAGCGUGCGGAUGCUGUGGACACAAGUGACCGGCCUGGCCUGCGCAAGACUCGCAUGUCCUGGCCCUCUUCUUUCCAUGGGACUUCGGCCAGUGGCAGCGGUGGCAAACGCUUUGAGGUGGAGAAUGGGCCUUCCCCAUCCCCAGGACGAAGCCCUUUGGACUCGCAGGCGAGCCCGGGGCUGGUGCUGCCCCCCAGCGCCCCCCAGAGCCAGCGCCGUGAGUCUUUCCUGUACCGCUCGGACAGUGACUAUGACAUGUCACCCAAGACCAUGUCCCGAAACUCUUCCAUUGCCAGUGAAGUACAUGAAGACUUGAUUGUGACACCCUUUGCCCAGGUGCUGGCAAGUCUAAGAAGUGUCCGAAGCAACUUCUCCCUUCUGGCCAAUGUGCCAGCCACUGUUGGCAACAAGAAGUCCCCAAUGGGCAAUCAGCCAGCAGUAUGCAAGGCCACACUUUCAGAGGAGACAUACCAGCAGCUGGCCCGGGAGACCCUAGAGGAGCUGGACUGGUGCCUGGAUCAACUAGAGACGAUGCAGACGUACCGGUCAGUGAGUGAGAUGGCCUCCCACAAGUUCAAGAGGAUGCUGAACCGUGAGCUGACGCACCUGUCAGAAAUGAGCCGGUCGGGCAACCAGGUCUCGGAAUACAUCUCCACCACCUUCCUGGACAAGCAGGCUGAUGUAGAGAUACCACCCCCUACACCCAAGGAGCAGGAGAAACAGCUUCAGCAACGGCCACAGAGGCAGCCCAUGUCCCAGAUCAGUGGGGUCAAAAAGCUCACACAUAGCUCCAGUCUCAGCAACUCUGGCAUCCCCCGAUUUGGGGUCAAGACUGACCAGGAGGAGCUGCUGGGCAAGGUGCGUAUUUGUGUGCACAUUUAUGUAUGUGUACUCACCUACCAGUUCCUCUUUGACCCUGAAUUUGUCCCCGUUUGA